AUGGAAGGAGGCCAUCAAAAGGCGGACAAAGCUGAAUUCAAGGAAUGCUUGAGUUUGAUCUGGAGGCAACCUUAUGUUCUACGUCUCGCAUUCUCCGCUGGGAUCGGAGGGUUGCUCUUUGGAUAUGAUACAGGUACCUGAUUCGAUCUCCUCGUCUUUGCUUGGGAAGGAAGAGAUCAGAUUAUUCACAUCCUGCUUCCAGACAUUCUUAGCUCAGCCGGCGAUUUUGAACCCUAAUUCUACGUCGUGCACACACGAUUUGGCAUCUGCAAUAUGGGUAUCGUUUGAUUGAUGGCCUAUUCGGUGGCAUUUUCACUGGUUUAUGUGAAGAAAUUCCCACCCUCGCUGAUGGAACCCUCUUUACGUUGAAUCAAUGGAUCAGUGCUACUCUUCGACGACGAUAUCUGUCUGAUCAUUUUCCUGGAUGGAUCAAAAUGCUUUACCCACUUCCGAACUUCCAUUCUAAUUCCCAAGGGUUUCAAUUAUUCAUGAAUAUUUUUUUUGAUUUGGGCCUCUCCUCUGUUCAUAUUACUACUAAGCGUAUUUCAUCUCAUGGUUUGAAAUAUUUUUUUUAUAAAUAAACUGCUUAUUAUUAUCUUUUCUGUGUAGGAACGAUGCACAUGAACAAAUAAAUAUGUCCUUACAAUUCCUAUGUCUAUUUUGUCGGAUUAAGCUUUACCUAUCGCGAAAAUGCUAUCCAAUAAAUUUUGAGAAAUACCUCGAUUUUUCUUCACAUAAUUUCCGUUUUGUUCAGGCGCAGAACAUGAACAGAAAACAAAAUUUUCCCUGCCUUUCCUCUGUCUAUUUGACAAUUAACCAGCAUUUAUGUUAUGAUUUUAUUUUUGGUUUUUUUUAUGCAUAGGCGUGAUUUCGGGUGCGCUUCUUUACAUCCGCGACGAAUUCCAUGAAGUUGACCGGAAAACUGUUCUUCAGGUGUGCCUUAAAUUUUUCGGUGACCCAUUAUUCGGCUAUUUCCUUUCUCGGAAAGUAUCAAUUUUCCUAGCUUUUGAUUGAUGCAUAUACAGGAAACUAUUGUGAGCAUGGCGGUGGCAGGAGCUAUAAUUGGCGCCGCCGUUGGGGGCUGGAUGAACGACAGAUUUGGCCGGAGGCUGUCAAUUUUGACUGCCGACGUGCUGUUCUUCGUCGGCGCCGUCAUCAUGGCCGUAGCCCCGCAUUAUGCGGUGAUAAUUCUGGGAAGAAUCUUCGUGGGCCUCGGAGUCGGAAUGGCCUCCAUGACUUCUCCUCUGUACAUCUCCGAAGCAUCUCCUGCGAGAAUCAGAGGAGCCCUCGUCAGCUCAAACGGCCUGCUCAUCACCGGCGGGCAGUUCCUCUCGUACCUCAUCAACCUGGCAUUCACCCGGGUGGGGAACCACAUCAAUUCAUAUCGUCAUCUAGCAUGAAAUCUACAUCUCGAACUGUAUAUAGAUAAUGAGUGAUGGAGCAUGUCGCAGGUGCCAGGGACCUGGAGGUGGAUGCUCGGAGUUGCAGGGCUCCCCGCGAUCGUCCAGUUCGUAUUGAUGCUGAUGUUGCCCGAAUCGCCGAGAUGGCUCUACAGGAAGGUCGGCGCGAUCUUCGGCAGAAAUUCUCACUCUUUGGCCAUUUAAUUAUCGAAUAAAUGAGCAGAAAAAAAUUCCCUUUUUUUUUCUUUUCCGGAAAACAGAACAGGAAGCAGGAGGCCGAGGAGAUAUUGAGAAAGAUAUACCCUCCUCACGAAGUGGACGACGAGAUCCAGGCCCUGAGACUGUCCGUUGAAGCGGAGAAUGCAGAUCGAGCCGGCGUUUUUACCCGAAUAGGAAGCGCAUGGGGCGACGCCGUCGUCCGCAAAGGCCUCACGGCGGGGAUCAUCUGCCAGGUGGCGCAGCAGCUGGUGGGCAUCAACGCCGUCAUGUACUACAGCCCCACCAUCGUCCAGCUCGCCGGGUUCGCCUCCAACAAGACCGCCAUGGCGCUCUCCCUCGUCACCUCGGGCCUCAAUGCUGUGGGCACAGUCCUCAGCAUGUGCUUCGUGGACAGAGUCGGCAGGAGGAAGCUCAUGCUCGCCAGCCUGACAGGGAUCGUCCUCUUCCUCGGCCUCCUGGGUGGCGUCUUUCACGCCGCGGCCGCGAACUCUCCACCCGUCGCCGCCGAUGCGGCGGCGGCGCCGCUCUACCGGAACCUCACCUGUCCUGAUUACAUCCCCAACUGGAACUGCGUCAGCUGCCUGAAGGCCUCCUCCCAGUGCGGCUUCUGCGGCAGCCCCGUCGGCCACGUAAGUCGCUGAAGUUCCCUCUUUGGGUCAUCUUGAGCUCGAAAGUUGCUGAAAUUUCGUCUUCUGGGUCUUCCUGCAGCUUCUUCCGGGGGCGUGCUGGGCGGCGCCGCCGGGCGGGGACGUGUGCCGGCGGGAGGGGCGGGCGUGGUACACGAAGGGCUGCCCGAGCGAUUUCGGGUGGGCGGCGCUCUUCGGGCUGGCGGCGUUCAUCCUCUGCUACGCCCCCGGAAUGGGGACCGUCCCAUGGAUAGUCAACUCAGAGAUCUAUCCUCUGCGGUACCGAGGCAUUUGCGGCGGCAUGGCGGCGGUCUGCAACUGGGUUUCCAAUCUCGUCGUCAGCCAGAGUUUCCUCAGCCUCACUCAGGCGCUGGGCAGCUCGGGGACCUUCUUCCUCUUCUGCGGCUUCUCCUCUGCUUCAUUUGUGCUGAUCUCCCUGUUCGUGCCCGAGACCAUGGGGGUUCCGUUCGAGGAGCUCGAGGAGGUCCUUGCAAGGGGGAGCCUCGGUCGAUGGUGGAGAAGAUGA